CAUUAAAUGGAAUAUUUUUAAAUCGCAGUUGCGGUCACCCUGAUCUACUCCCCAUUUUUACAAAAAGCCAAAUGAAAAUUAAAAUAAAAACUUCGUACCUUUAAUUUAAUGCAAUAAUAUGUGCAAUUUGAAGCAUGCCGAUACAGGCGCCCUCAUGGACAGACUUUCUGAACUGUCCCAUCUGCUGCAAUGAGUUUGCAGCCAGUCAGCGUGUACCGAUCAGCCUGGGAUGUGGUCACACGAUAUGCAAGCUAUGCCUGACCACGCUCUACAAUCGCCAAUGUCCCUUCGAUCAGACAUUGAUUGUAACGGAGAUCGACAACUUGCCCAUUAACUAUGCACUGCUGCAGCUGGUGGGAAGUGGAAAUGGAGGUGGCAGCGUGGCAGGAGGCAAGGCAGUGGCCAGCAAGGAUUCGGAGCUGGCCGAUCUGGCACCAAGUGUACAGAAACUGCAGCCCGAACAACUCAAAUGCUAUAAGCUGGGCAAGAAAUGCAUCGAAGAUCUGGCACUGCACCUCAAAUCAUUUCUCAAUCUAAACAGCAGCAAUCUGCUGACAAGACCCAUGCAGCGCAAACUCGUCACCCUGGUCAACUGUCAGCUGAUGGAGGAAGAGGGUCGUGUGCGUGCUUUACGAGCUGCUCGCUCGCUAGGCGAACGGACGGUGACCGAACUGAUACUGCAACAUCAGAAUCCCCAGCAGCUCAGCUCCAAUCUGUGGGCAGCGGUGCGUACACGCGGCUGCCAAUUCCUAGGUCCAGCGAUGCAGGAGGAGGUGUUGAAGCUGGUCUUGCUGGCACUGGAAGAAGGUUCGGCGUUGUCGCGCAAGGUGCUGGUUAUGUUUGUGGUGCAACGCCUGGAGCCACACUUUCCACAGGCUUCGAAGACGAGCAUCGGCCAUGUGGUGCAGUUGUUGUAUCGCGCCAGUUGCUUUAAGGUGUCCAAGCGCGAGGCAGACUCCUCGUUGAUGCAGCUGAAGGAAGAGUUUCGCACCUACGAUGCGUUGAGACGGGAACAUGAUGCACAAAUUGUGCAAAUUGCUACCGAAGCGGGAUUACGCAUAGCCCCCGAGCAAUGGUCAUCGCUGUUGUACGGCGACAUUGCGCACAAGUCGCACAUGCAGAGCAUCAUCGACAAGUUGCAGACACCGUCAUCGUUUGCACAGUCGGUGCAGGAGCUGGUCAUAGCUCUGCAACGCACCAGCGAUCCGGCCAAAUUGUCGCAGCUGCACAAUCAUCUGCAGUACUUGGCCAGCAUUGAUCCGUGCGUGGAGACAGCACCCUGGGAGGAUGUGUCCAAGGCGCUGGACGCUGUGCGGCAUGCGGUCAUGGGACUGGUGCACUUCCUGCAGCAUCACGGCGUACGCAAGCCGCAGGACAGCAGUUUGGCUGGCGGCUCAACGAACAGCAACAACACCAAGUACAAGAUCAGUCUGUGUCGCGAUCUCAACGUGCGUCGUGUAUGUCCACGAGGCGCCAGCUGCACAUUCGCCCACUCGCAGGAGGAAGUCGAACGCUAUCGUGCACGCAAUCGCGGCAAACACAUCAAAUCGCCCAUGCCGAUGGCCAUGCCGAAUAUGCCGGUCAACAACAAUGGGAAGAAGUCGUUGCCCAUGGGCAACGAAGUGCAGCAGCAGCAGCAACAACAACAGCAACAGCCGCCACCGCCACAUGCGGGCCCCAUGAUGCCCAUAUCGCCUAUACGCUAUAUGCAAGCAUCCGCACCACCGCCACCGCAUAGGGGCUACUUGGAGCCCUUGCCACCAGCUGUCGCACACAAUCUGUCGCCAAGCGGUGUGCAUGCCCAGCUCAUGCAUCCACAUCACAGUCCCAUUGCUCGACAACAGCAACAACAACAACAGCAGCAGCAGCACACGGCUUUGAAUGGUCUCUUGGUUGCACCACCUGGACGCUAUGAGCCACGCUUCAACUUUGGCCCGGCGCCAACGCAGCCACGAAAUGCAGCACGCGACUACUCUGGCAAUGCGGCAGGUGCUGCUGGCGUGCAACGUAACCCACCGAAUUACAACAGCAACAACAACAACAGCAAUAGCAGUCAACUACAACACAAUCAUGCCAAAAGCUUUUGCAGCAUGCUUCCAACGGAUGUCUAUCAUUCGUCCUUCUUUGGCAACACCAACACCAUCAACAACAACAAUAACGAUGCGCAAGCGAAUAGCAAAGAACAGCCACCCACAAAGCUGGGGCAACAUUUAGCCGCUAGCGGUAAUCCUGGAAAUCCCUGGGAGCAUACGUAUAUGCAACAGCAGCUAGCGACGCUAACGUCGCCGACGUCGUCGUCGUCGUCGUCCAGCAAGAACCCCAAUCGACCGGGCAUGUCGACCAUUUUACCCGCAACAGCUGAUACCUCAUUUUACGAAAAGAAACCGCCGAGUAAUGUUAACAUAGACCUGGAGCUGGUGAAGCCCAUGGGCGAUAGUGGAGCAACCAAUCCAGAUGCGAUGCCGCUGCCGCUGUUCAGGUCCAACCACAACACUAGCAACAACAGUGGCAACAGCAACAACACCAACACCAGCAACAAUAGUAGUAACAACAACAACAGCAACAAUAAUAAUAAUAGCUCUCUCAUAUUCUGGAGUGCACACAAUAAGGAUUCGGCCAACUUUGUGCGCUCCGAUUCGAUACUGGAUGACGAUGCGUCACCCUAUGAAGUUCCCUCUGGCUCAUCGAUGCACAGUCGCUACGGUCCCAUUUGUCCCAAACGCUCGACGAGCAAUUGGAACAAUUGGAUGAUGGAAAACGAUAUGAAAAUCGGCGAUAAUGCCGUCGCCUUCAAUGACAGGCUGAAAACCGAGCACAAUGACAAUGUCAAUCCAAAUGCCAAUAAGAAUACAGCUGGCGUGUUCAUCUGGAAUGAUUUGAACGCGAAUGCGACGAGUCCAUCGAGCAAUUACUGGAGCAACAACACAAGUGAUGCAGAUGCAGCCGGAGUUGCAGCGAGUGCAAGCCAAGGCGAAAGACUGAAACAUCACCUGAUCCUGGAUAGAAAGCCACAGCUGCUGUCCGAGGACAGUUUCGAGGGUGGCAUCGAUAGCGGCAUGAUGAGCGAGUUGGAAAAGAAUCUGGUUGACAUUGUUGAGGUCUGGUCGAAUCCAGAUGACAGCGGCAUUAAGUUGGAUUAAAUUUGCGACAGCAGAGAACCAGAGCCAGGGAACUAACUCAUCGAACUCACAGUUUGAGGAGGAAACAUAAUGCAAUCAUUUUACAGUUGUGUCCACAAUUUGAAGGACACUUUAGAGGUUUGUACACCGCACAGCUUAAAAUUCUAGAAUUUCAAGUAACCUACAAUUAGUAAAAAUAUUUAAAGCUUGAUCGAUAUUGGAUCGUAAAAAGAACUUAAAAAAAAGAAAAACAACAAAAAAAUCGGGUUUGGGAAACUAGAAACUAUUAUAUAAUUGUCUAUAUAAAAUGUUGUCAUCGAUAUAACUUAUCUUAUAUGUUAGUUGUUCUAUUUAAAUUGAUGUUCGGGCCGAACCGAACUAGUCCGUGUUAUAUUUCAAUUUUUUGGGGUUUCUUUCUUAGCUUGAUCUGUUCCGAUUUAUAACAGAUCCACAACUCGUACAUAGUAAAUAUAGAAAUAUAUAUAUAUAUGUAAAAUAUAUAUAUGAAAUGGAUGUCUAAACUAGCCACGACCUUUUAGCACAACAAACAAUAAAAUAAAUAGUUGAUAGUUAUUUCAAAUUGAUAUAUAUAUAUAUAAUAUAAUUAUGUCUAUGCAUAAUUUCAAUAGGUGUUGGGCGAUCUUCAGGAAAACAAAUAUUUAUGAUCACAAACUUUUUCAAUUUGCGUCCGUUCAAACAAAAAAAAGAAGAAAAAAAAAGAUAUGCUAAAAGAGAAUUACGUUCAGGGGUCCCUAGCAAGAUCAACAGCAAGACUAUAGAUCUAUAUAGAUCUUUAGAUCGAUAAGAGAUGUAUUGAAUUGAAUGAUGAUAAUGAUGGAGCAGUCAAUGUCAACCGAUUAAAGACAACUCGACUUGAUAUCUAUUAAGGGUAAAGCUAUGUCUGAAAAUUGUACUAGAAUUGAAAUGCCAAAAUGCUAUUACCAUCUGUAAUUGUAAGACCCCAUAAAACUACAUAAUGCUGAUAAUGUAUGUAGUCUCUCAGUGGGUCGGUUCGUGAUUUUUACUUGCAGCAGCAAAAUGCUGAUCCGAUUGAAAGCUUAAAACAAUAUUUUGUGUGUGUUUAAAAAAUAUUUAUAUACAUAUAUAUAUCUUCUUUUUUUAAUUUGUAUUUUUUUUUUUAAAUUAUUAACUUUUUCAAAUCAAAACACUAUUUUUAUAUAUACACUCAAAAACAAAAACAAGUUGAAAGAUGAUAAACAAAAAAGCGAAAAUAUAAGAAAGAUAACAAAUAUGUAUGUAAUAGGAAGUUUUGGGGUAAAAAGUGUGGCCCGCACCUUGGGGGAAGGGGACCCACAUACGUUUGAUAAUUUAUAUGUGUAUGUGGAUGAAUGUUUAUAUUUCUUAAAGAAAUUUUAAUAACGCUAUUGUGCGAUGUUGUUAACUAUUGUACUAUAUUAUUAAAUUUAUUGAAAAUAAAUUAAAAUCAUGUCCCUUUUCGUUGUACUCGUAUUCGUACUCGUACUCGUUUAGUGUAAAGCGAUGAUGACACGACGACGACGAUCCGAAAGGCUUCUAAACAUGCAUAAAGCCCUACUAUAUAUAGAUACUAUAUGAAAAUUAAAAAAAAAAACAAAACAAAAA